GAGGCUGAGGAAGAGCACACCCCAGGGCCCGCCCACCCCGGCAGCCAAAACAGGAAGGAGGUGGGGCCUCAGCUAAGAAGGCGGGAAGUUUGUUUAUACAGGGACUUUCCGAAAACCUGCGCCUGUGAGCAGAAGUGCAGCGCCAGCUCCGGGGACCAAAGGCAAUGCAGCAGCAACAAGGGAACCAAGACUUCACUGCGGUGCCCUGGCCCAGCAUGUAUCCCAAGACCUUCGACUUCAACUUCCAGAACCUAAAUAGCUAUGGGCGGAAGUCUACCUUCCUCUGCUUUGAAGUGGAAAGAUGGGAGGAUGGCUCAUUUCUUGACUAUCAAAAUGGUGUCUUUCGAAACCAGUUGUAUCCUGGCCACGCUGAACUCUGCUUCCUGGAUUGGUUCCAUGAGAAGGUUCUGUUUCCUGAUGAGAUUCAGUGUCCUGAUGCGCAAUACCAUGUCACCUGGCACAUAUCCUGGAGCCCCUGCUUCGAGUGUGCAGAGCAGGUGGCUGGCUUCCUGAAUGAGCACGAGAACGUGGACCUGAGCAUCUCCGCCGCCCGCCUCUACUUGUAUGAGGACGAAGAUGAGCAGGGGCUUCGAGAUCUGGUUGCUGCAGGGGCCAAGGUGGCCAUGAUGGCUCCAGAGGACUUUGAAUACUGUUGGGAUAACUUUGUGUACAACGGGGGAUGGGACUUCACGUAUUGGAAGAAAGUGCGUCGAAAUUAUGUUCGUCUGCAGCAGCAGCUUGAUGAAAUCCUCUGGGACUGAGGAAGAUUCAUGACUUUAUUUUUGGGACAGAAUGAUGUCUCCAAGCGGCUGGCUCCCGGGGCUGCAUGGAAGAGCCCUCGCUAAAACUGAAGCAGCACAGCUUUCUCUCCAGCUCCCUGAAGCUCCCCUCCCCAAGUCCCUCUGCAAUAAAAGGCUAAUAUGCAAA